AUGACCGUCUUCCCGCCGCCCUCUUCUCCGCUCCUUCAGUCGCAUCAAUUCCCUGGUUUCCUACCGGCCGCCGCCCCUUGUGCGCGAUCACAUGUGGGCGUUGUCCCUUCCGUUGUCUUCUUUCUCUCUAGAAUCCCUCUGGUGGCCCGGUUACUCCCGAUCCCGAAUUUCCCGUUCCGGCACCAUCUCUGCCCUCCCUUUGCCCCACGCUCUGAUUUCCUUCAUUCCUGCCACUUCCUCCCUUCCCUUAUUCUUUCCCUCCUCUCUAGCGUUCCUGUACUUCCCUUUCCCUCGUUCGCCGCUGUUCCUCUCUGCUCUUCCACGUUCCUCUCCCACUCCUGUUCCCUCUUCUUCUCCCCGGUCCUCGUCUGCUCUGUCCUUACUUCCCACUCGACCCUCAUCCUCCCCCGUCCUUCUCUGUCUUCUCCUCCGUCGUCUCGCCUAGAUACUUUCUCUUUACCGGCUCUUCGUUCAGGUCGCUUCCUGCUUUCCUCUCGUCGUGCGCCCGACCCCUGCUGCUUCGCUCUUACUCUUCUCGGUUACUGUCGUCCUCUCUCCUGCCUCUUUCGGACUCCUCUGCUCCUUUCGUUGAUGCUGUCUCCGCCUUCUCUUCCUGUGUUCUUCUGGCUUCCUACUCUCUCCUCGCCUUCCCGCCCCCCCGUCUCUCUCCUACCGGCCUCUCAGGGCCCGUCCUCCCGUCCAUCCCGCGCGCCCAAUCCAGCUCGGGAUCCUCUCCGCAUCUUCUCCCAUCCUGGCGUCCUUCCCUGGUCUUCAGUCCCCUCCAGCAUUAGGGGCACGCGCAGUCUCCUCCCCGUUUUUGCCCUCCCUCCCUUCUGCUGGAUUGUUAUUGCUCGCCCUGCUCUUGCCCCGCGCUGGCGCGUGGCAGUACGCUCCUCUCCUCGCGACCCUCUAUCUGCGCCGGCUCCCGUGCCCGCCUACAGUCGCUCUGCCUCCCGCCCGAUCCCGCUUCGCGCCUCCCUCCCUCUCUUUCUCGCGGCCCCGCAUCGUCCGGCAGCCCGACUCCUCCCAGCCGGCGCAGCACAGGGCCACUCGCCGCCCUCUCUCACCCUGUGCCUUGCUCGCGGCGCUCGGGCCUCCGCGCUUCCCGUCCGCGGGCCCUCUCUCGCCCGCUUGAUCGCGCAGGAGCCCGCGCCGCGCCCCGCGCACGCCGCCGGGCGCGGGCGCGCGCGCACGGAGGACGCGCGCCGGCCCCACCGGGCGGGCCGGCGCCGCGCUGGCCGCCUCUGCCGGUCGGCGCAGCCGACCGCGCGCGGGCAACCCACCGCGACGGCAGCCGCACGGGAGCCCGCGCGCGCUAUCUCGCUUCUUCCUCCGCGGCCCGCCUCGUGCGGGCCUUGGGCCGCGGCCCUUUCCCCGCCCCCUCGUCCUUUGCCUCGUCGCUUCCUCGGACUCCACGCGCGCUGGGGCCAAGGGCAGCCGCCCCGCGGCGCCUGCGCCGCGCGCGCCUUGCGAGCGGCGCACCCGGGGCGUCCCGCCUCCUCCGGCUGUUGCGCGUCCCCCGGGUCGGCGAUAGUCGCGCUUCUGUCUUAUCGCCGACGAGUCCGGUCACCUCCGACGCGGCCCUGGCCGCGCGGACCGCCCCUCCGGCCGGCCCGGGCUCACGUCGCAUCCCCGCCUCUCCCGCCCACCCUGCCCGAGGCGCGACCCGCGCCUAGCGGGGGGCGGUGCCCCGCCCCGCGGCUGCGGUCGCGAGCGGCGCGCGGCGCGCCGGACAUCCCUAUAUUAUGUCCGCACCCGCGCCCGCGGCGCGGUCACUCGGGCCACCGGCGCUGCCGCCAGACCUCGCCCCGCGUCGACCGGGCCGCUCGCCAACCGGCCUGCCACGCGGCGGCCGGGCGCCCGGGCGCGCCGCCGAAGCCUCGCGGCCCAAGCACGAUAGCCGCCCAGCGCGGGAGAGUCCGGCGCGGCUCAGCCCCCGCCGCCCGCUCGAAGGCGUCUCUGCAGCCCGGCCGGACGCCGCACAGGGCUCGGCCCGUCGCCUGGCCCGCGCCCCGCGGGCGCGCCGCCCCCGCACCGGGUGGACUCACCGCGACGCACGCGGGGGCGGGCCAGCGCGGCGCGUCCCGCUCCGCGGACUCUCCGCCGGCUGCCGCUGCGCGCCGCGUUGACCACGGCGGCCACCGACCGGAGCGGCCGGCGCGCGACUAG